GGGAGAGGCAGAAACGACAUGGCUGACGACGGGGCGCCGUUUCUUGGAACCCGGCUGCGGAGUGCAGGCAGCAGGGUGCUGGGCAAGGGCAAGGGCUGGGGGAAGAAGCGUGGCCAGGCGUCGAGCUCGACCUUUGUCCCGCUGAGUUACUCGUCGUCGCGGGGCAACAAGGCGCCACGGAUCCAGCUCGGGCUCAACGAUCUGAUGGACGAGGAGGACAAGCUGCAUGAAGUGAUGAAGAGCCAGGCUCGGGCGGCGGGGGUGCGGAAGCGAGUGCUGGGCGGAGAGAGUGUCGGGCAGGCGGGGAACGGACUGGAUCGGACGGACGCACGGGGCGCGCAUGGAGUCGGCUACACGGCUGAUGGCACAAGCGCGAGCGGCGACGAUCCGCUUGUACUCUUGCGGCGGCAUCAAGGCCCGAGUCUUCCAGCUGGGCUUGUCCGCGAGAGUGCCACGGGCGGAGGGUCUGCGGCGAUCGAGCUACCGGCGGGGACGCCGCUAGCGCCUCCGGCACCGGCGGGCUAUGUCCCGCGCCAUGUGUUUGCCGCUGAUGGCGCCGUGGCUGGUAGCUGUGCGAGGAAUGAGGUGCGGCCGUCAGCGCCGCAGCUCGUGGUGGAACGGGCAUCGGGCGAGCACGCACCGUUUGCGGCACAGCCUGCGGUGCAGGCACGGUAUGAGGCGUGGAGGGCAGGCGGCGAGGCGGCGGUCACGUUUCCACCAAGCUAUACCCGGCACGACAUCCGGCACGAGCUGGCGCAGUUUGUGGGCGCGGAGUCGUUCUUUACCCCGCUGGCAAUGCCGGUGGCAUCUCGGUUUGCGCGAGCAAGCGGGCCGGGCGACGCGGCGCCUGCGCGGGGUGGCACCAGGCGCGGGCGCCGGAUCGAGACCUGGACGCCGCACCCGCUGCUGCUGAAACGGUGCGGCUUCCCGCGCGACAAGGACGCGCCGCGGAUGGACAAGAGUGCUGCGAAGGCGUUGUCACGACUUGGGACCCACGCGGCGUCUGACACAAGCGUGUCGCUAGCCGAUCUCACCGGGGUCGCGGGCGUCGAGAGAGAGGAGCCACAGGGAGUUGCCCACGUGCCUGAGCCCGAGCCUGAGCUGCUCGCCGCUGCCGAUCCGGUGCUCCUUGCCGCGGUCUUUGCUGGCGAAGCCGCUGACGCUGCAAGCGCAGCAGUACUCUCGGCAACCGCGGCUGCCGCCGAUCUCGAGCUGGACGCAAUUUGCGUGGCGCUCCCACCGGUGCAGCGGGUGGCGGUCGACCACAAGUGGCAGCGCGAGCGGGUGCGAGAGUAG